AGAUAUUCUGCGAGCAUGUCGGGUCGUGGCAAAGGAGGCAAGGGGUUGGGGAAAGGUGGUGCUAAGCGCCACAGGAAGGUGCUGCGGGAUAACAUCCAGGGCAUUACCAAGCCGGCCAUCCGUCGCCUGGCUCGGCGCGGCGGCGUGAAGCGCAUCUCCGGCCUCAUUUACGAGGAGACCCGUGGGGUGCUCAAGGUUUUUCUAGAGAACGUGAUCCGUGACGCCGUCACCUACACGGAGCACGCCAAGCGCAAGACCGUCACCGCCAUGGACGUGGUCUACGCGCUCAAGCGCCAGGGCCGCACGCUCUACGGCUUCGAGCUGCUACCUAUGGCGUUAGAGACCUUCAUUCACCAGCACGGCCUGGAUGUUGGGCAGGACGCCGCCCUGCGCGAUCGUCCCUUUGCCCAGCAGCUUGUUGAGCUCCUCGUCGUUGCGGAUGGCCAGCUGCAGGUGGCGGGGGAUGAUGCGCGUCUUCUUGUUGUCCCGCGCCGCGUUGCCAGCCAGCUCCAGGAUCUCGGCCGUCAGGUUUGCAAGAUGGCGGAGAAGACGGCGAAGAAAGGGGCGGGCGAACAGGGUGUCCCCGUCCCGUCCCCCGAGCCGAAAACUCAGGGCAGUGUCUGCCACAAGUGGGAUCACAACGAUGUGAAGGGAAAACAAGAGCACGGGGCAUCUUGGGGAGAGGUCUACCCUGCCGGGAAAAGAACAUCGACACUGAGCGCGGUGCCGGCGCUGUCUAGCGGGUUUAAAAUUCUCCAAAAGCAGAGAUCAGUUCUUCCGACAACGGCUGCGGCUGGGAGAGGAGAUCAUACCCCCACCCCACCCUGCCUCAGCAAGCCGCGGCGCUCCUGCGCCGGAGCCGCCGCAGGCUCACAGGGCAAGAAGGCAAGCGAGGGUGGGGGAGGGGAGACGCGCCAGUCUCGCGCCUUUUUUUACUUUCUCCAGUUCUCAAUCAGGUCGGGCUCUAGGCAAUAUAUACGGCGCUCUCGGCCAGUCUCCCCAUAUACAGACGGAAGUAGAUACUUUGUGAGCAUGUCAGGUCGUGGUAAAGGCGGCAAGGGGCUGGGGAAGGGUGGUGCUAAGCGCCACAGGAAGGUGCUGCGGGAUAACAUCCAGGGCAUCACUAAGCCGGCCAUCCGUCGCCUGGCUCGGCGCGGCGGCGUGAAGCGCAUCUCCGGCCUCAUCUACGAGGAGACCCGCGGGGUGCUCAAGGUCUUCCUAGAGAACGUGAUCCGCGACGCCGUCACCUACACGGAGCACGCCAAGCGCAAGACCGUCACUGCCAUGGACGUGGUCUACGCGCUCAAGCGCCAGGGCCGCACCCUCUACGGCUUCGGCGGCUAAACGGAGGUGAAAAAAACCCAUCUAGCAGCUACUUUGAGCACAAAGGCUCUUUUCAGAGCCACCCACA